AUGGCUUCCAAAAAUCCCGUAAUGAUAAGCGAACUUGACACAAACCACAACCCGUGUUCCAUAACUGUGAGGAUCAUCAGGUUGUGGAAACAACCUGUGUAUGGCAAUGUGAACAGCAUCGGCCGCAUCGAGAUGAUCUUAAUGGACGCAGUGGGUCAACGAAUUCAAGCUUCUGUCAGGAAAAAUGUGAUACCAACCUUUGAGAAACUUUUAGUCGAAGGUGGAUCGAUAUACAUGAGUAACUUCUUCGUGCAUCAGAAUGUUGGGUCGUACAAGAUUUUGGAUAACCCAUACAAAAUCAAUCUUCACAAAUUGACUGCUGUGAAGGUUAUUGAGAAGUUUUGUGGAUCCAUUCAUGGAUUUAGGUUCAUUUCGUUCCCUGAUAUGACAGAUGGGAAAGUCGAAAACAACACCACAGUUGAUGUGAUUGGUAAAGUUUCUGGAUAUGGUGAUGUGAUCAUUGGUGAUAAAAACGGUUCCCCAAAUCAGAGGAUGGAUGUGCAAUUGCAAGACAUUGAUGGUAACAAGAUGAAGGUAACAUUCUGGGAUUCAUAUGUGGAUGACUUCAAGGCAAAAAUUUUCAAUGACAAGGCUGAUGUUAAUGUGAUGAUUGUACAGUUUGCGAAGUUGCGGGAAUGGAGAGGAAAUUUCUCUGUGUCUCAUGGUUUCAAUGUUGCCCGUAUUUUCAUGAAUAGUAAUAUCGAUGAAAUCAUUGCCUUCAAAAAAAGUUUUGUUGAGAAAAACGGGGAUGAAGUUGCAAAUCAUAAGAUGAUAUCCUUAGCAGAUCCAUCAACUAAAGCAUUCUUCACUAAUACCAAAUGUGUCCAACUGUUCGAGUUAGAUACCAUAUUCUUCACUAAUACCAAAUUUGACAUGUUUUUUUUUUAUCUCCAAUAG